UGCCGAGGCCAGCAGUGUCGCCGCCCGCCCAGCACCGGCUCGGGGCUCCGCGGCUCAGCCUCGCGGACCACGCGGCGCGCCGGAAACUGAAUGGAUGCUGGGGAAAUGAACAUCCACGUUGACCUAACCACUGACUUUGCAGACCUGGUUUUAGAUGUAGGAGCAGUCACACUUGGAAACAAGGAUAGGCAUGCAAUGAAGGAUUGCCAGUUGAGGAAAAAGGAGACUGAAAAUGUCUUAAGAGCUGUGUGUGUUCUUUUGAAUUCCGGAGGGGGGGUGAUCAAGGCCAAGAUUGCAAACCAAAACUACUGCUUCAGCAGAGAUGGAAUAGGACUUGAUUUGGAAAAUUCUUUCCGUGCCAUUUUGCCACUUGUACAGAAGUACCUAGACUUUGUGCAGAAGGAAGACCACUUCUAUGUGUUGGUGAAAUCGUGGGAUCUGGGUAUCUCUGCUCUGCCAAUUGUCACCUUGAAGACCAAUUUGUACAUAAGAAAUAUAUCAUCUUCACUUGAGAUGGAUGCUGGCGCUGCAGCAGAAUUCCUCCAAGACACACAGAAACUUGUAGCGAGACCUCACACAAGAACAACAUUGCCUGAAAACAGAGACUUUCAUGGUGCACAAGAGAAAUGUCAUGUGGAGGACUUGGCCACUAAGUUUUUUAACAUGACAAAACUGACACACAAGGGGAAAUUCCCCUUUUCUAAGUCCACACAUGUUGAAAUUAAGUUGUUUCCAAUAAGACAGUUGCUUAGACAACUUAAAGAGAUUCUCCCUCAAACCAUUUCUGCAUUUGCAAAUACUGACGGGGGCUAUCUGUUCAUUGGCAUUGACGGAAAGAAACAGCAAAUAAUUGGGUUCGAGGCAGAGAAGAGUGAUCUUGAGAAGUUAGAAAGGGAAGUAGAAAAGUGUAUCUCUCAACUGCCUGUCUAUCACUUCUGUGAGCAGAAGGAGAAAAUAAAGUACUCGUGCAAAUUCAUCGAAGUCCACAAUGAUACGGGGACUGUCUGUUCAUAUGUCUGCGCACUGGCAGUAGAGAGAUUCUGCUGUGCGGUGUUUGCUAAAGAGCCCGAUUCCUGGCAUAUGGAAGGCAACUGCGUGAAGACAUUUGCCACAGAGGAAUGGGUCACAUGCCUGAUGCGUGCCAAUGGAGGUUGAUAUUUACUAGUAUCUAGUGAAUAAAAUCAAUAAUUUGUGA